AGAGCGCUGAGUAGACAGCGCGCGACACAGAACUUCGCCGCGGCUCGUGUUCCACCGCCGACCCAUAAGCCACCGCGAGGAGCGAUGAAGGAGGAGGAGGAAGAGGCCGUACCGCGGCCCUCUCCGAGGAGGGUUUGCAGUGCGCCUGCGUGCAGGCCCUGCUCUGUUGCUCUCUUGCGUUGCUGUGUGGCGUCUUCCUCUCCAGUGUGUGGCCGCAGGGCUGCCGCCGCCGCCAAUAACCACCGUCUCUUCGCUACUGCUUAAGCGGGAAGAUUGACGGGCGCCUGCCCGGCCGCGCCGGCGCUUAGGAGGAAUUUCUCCUUCGCUGUCGCUGCCGUCACUGCCGCCGCCACCACCCGCGGCCAUGGGUCCUACGUCCCUGCUAUGGAGGCGGUACUGGCGGCGGCGGUGGCUGAGCGACUGAAGGCGGAGUGCUGCGAGGGAAGGCGGCGGAAGAGAAGGCGGCGGGGGUCUCUGGUGGUGUGUGCGGUGCUGACGGUGUUUUUAACCUUUAGAUGGUCUCUAGCGAGCCGCUGUUGCUGCCUGUGUCACUGGAGGGUGAGUUCUCCAAUAGCAUGAAGGAGAUGAUCGGCGGCUGCUGCGUGUGCUCCGACGAGAGGGGCUGGGCCGAGAACCCGCUGGUUUACUGCGACGGGCAUGGCUGCAAUGUCGCAGUGCAUCAAGCUUGCUAUGGAAUUGUACAAGUACCCACUGGACCUUGGUUUUGUAGAAAAUGUGAAUCUCAGGAAAGAGCAGCUAGAGUGAGAUGCGAGUUAUGCCCUCACAAGGAUGGUGCUUUAAAAAGGACAGACAAUGGGGGUUGGGCUCAUGUGGUUUGUGCUCUGUACAUUCCCGAGGUGCAGUUUGCAAAUGUUUCUACAAUGGAACCUAUCGUGUUGCAGUCUGUCCCUCAUGAUCGUUAUAAUAAGACAUGCUAUAUAUGUGAUGAGCAAGGCAGAGAAAGUAAAGCGGCCACUGGUGCUUGCAUGACUUGUAAUAAGCAUGGAUGUCGCCAAGCUUUCCACGUAACAUGUGCACAAUUUGCAGGACUUCUUUGUGAAGAAGAAGGUAAUGGUGCAGAUAAUGUCCAGUAUUGUGGUUACUGUAAAUACCAUUUCAGUAAGCUGAAAAAGAGCAUACGGGGAUCUAAUAGGUCAUAUGAUCAAAGUUUAAGUGAUUCUUCCUCUCACUCUCAGGAUAAGCAUCAUGAGAAGGAGAAAAAAAAAUAUAAAGAAAAGGAUAAACAUAAACAAAAACACAAGAAACAAUCAGAUUCCUCACCAUCUUUGGUUCCUUCUCUCACUGUAACUACAGAGAAAACUUACACAAGCACUACCAACAACUCCGUGACAGGAUCCUUGAAGAGGCUGGAAGAUACCGCAGCUCGUUUUACAAAUGCAAAUUUCCAGGAAGUCUCUGCACAUGCUUCAAGUGGCAAAGAUGUCUCAGAGGCCAGAGGUUCAGAGAGCAAAGGGAAGAAGUUGGCAGGUCAUAAUUCAGGUCAGAGGGGAAGAAAGCCUGGUGCUGGAAGAACUCCUGGAGCUUCAGUGUCAGCAGCUUGUACAUUUCAGCAAGGCAGUUUUUUGGGAACUCCAGGUAGUAUAAAGUCAUCCUCUGGAAGUUCAGUUCAAUCUCCCCAGGACUUUUUGAGUUUUACAGACUCGGAGCUACGUAAUGACAGCUAUACUCAUUCCCAGCAGACAUUGUCAACCAAAGAUGUACAUAAAGGAGAUAUUGGAAGCCAGGAAGGAGGUGUGAAUUGUUUUACUUCUUUAAUUGGUCUCCCUUCAACCUCAGCUAUUGCUUCCCAGUCUAAUAUUUUUGACAGCUCACCUGGAGAGUUGGGUAAUUCAAGCCUUACAUCAGCAGGAUACAAGCGUGUGCAAUCCUCUGGGACUGAAGAUGAGACUGUAAAGGAAAAGAAACGGAAAGGAAAUAAGCAGUGUAAACAUGGACCUGGUAGGCCCAAAGGCAAUAAAAGUCAGGAUAAUAUUUCCCACCUAUCAGUUUGUUCUGCUUCCCCAACAUCAUCUGUGGCAUCUGCUGCAGGAAGUGUAACAAGCUCUAAUCUGCAGAAAUCUCCAACAUUGCUCAGGAAUGGAAGUCUGCAAAGUCUCAGUGUUGGUUCCUCUCCUGUUGGUUCAGGCAUUUAUAGCAGUAAUGAUGUAGCAGUGUCAUUUCCAAACGUAGUGUCUGGCUCAGGAUCUAGCACUCCUGUUUCCAGUUCACAUUUACCUCAACAGCCUCCUGGUCAUAUGCAGCAAGUGGGAACUUUGUCUCCAUCUUCUACACCUUCUGUAACGACGGCUGUUGCUACAACUCAGGCAAACACCCUACCUGGAUCUUCCCUCAGUUUGCUUCCAUCCCAUGUGUAUGGCAAUAGGUUGAACCCCACUUCAACAAUGGCAGCACUUACAACUCAGUCUGAAAACAGUCAAACAGAUCAAGAUCUUGGAGACAAUAGCCGGAGCCUCGUUGGCAGGGGGGGUUCACCCAGAGGAAGCCUUUCACCACGGUCACCUGCGAGUAGUUUACCAAUUCGCUUUGAUCAACCAGGGAAUAGUGGCGUGGAACAUUUGCCGCCAGUACCAGCGACUAUAGAACAACUUCUAGAUAGGCAAUGGAGUGAAGGGCAACAGUUCUUACUAGAACAGGGCACCCCUAGUGACAUUUUAGGCAUGUUGAAGUCAUUACACCAGCUUCAAGUUGAAAAUCGCCGCUUGGAAGAACAGAUUAAAAACCUGACUGCUAAAAAGGAGCGCCUCCAGCUAUUAAAUGCCCAGCUUUCAGUUCCUUUCCCAACAAUAACAGCAAAUCCAAGUCCAUCUCAUCAAUUGCAUGCAUUUUCAACUCAGGCUGCUGCUAGCACUGAUUCUCUGAACAGCAGCAAGAGCCCUCAUCUGGGAAGCGGCUUUCUACCUGACAAUUCCCUUCCUGUAUUAAAUCAGGAGAUAAACUCCAGUGGACAAAGCACCAGUAGUUCCUCUGCUCUUUCCACUCCACCGCCUGCUGGGCAAAGUCCAGCUCAGCAAGGCACAGGAGUUCAACAGGUCAAUGGUGUGACAGUGGGGGCACUUGCCAGUGGAAUGCAGACUGUAACAUCCACCAUUCCUGCAGUGGGUGGAAUAAUUGGAGCUCUGCCAGGUAACCAGCUGGCAAUGAAUGGAAUUGUUGGGGCUUUAAAUGGGGUAAUUCAGACCCCCGCCACGAUAUCGCAGAAUCCUUCUCCUCUUACUCACACAACUGUACCGCCAAAUGCAGCACAUCCUCUGCCAGCUGCACUGAGCAACAGAUGGAGGAGCUACGUUAUGUGUGUCAGACUUAAAUACAGCAGAUGCAUGGAUUUGUUGUAUAGCAGUGCCUCCAGCCUUGGGUUUCUUCCUGAUCAACAAAGACAACUUCUGCUACAUCAACAGCACCAGCAGUUUCAGCAAUUACUAAAUACUCAACAGUUCACAACAGAGCAGCAUCAGGCUCUUCUGUAUCAACUAGUGCAGCAACAGCAGCAGCAACAGCACCACCACCACCACCACCAGCAGCCUGAAGUACAGCAACUGCAGAUUUCAGGAGCAACACAGAUUCCCAUGAACAACUUGCUGGCAGGCACUCAGGCAUCUCCACUUCAUACAGCUGCGACAAACCCAUUUCUUUCCAUUCAUGGGGAGAAUGUAUCUCAAAAAGCAACUAGACUCAAUGAUAAAAGUGGACCAGUUGCACCGGAAAAGAAUUGACAUUGGGGGCGGAAAUGGAAAGUUGCAUAUCCUGCUGGGUUAGCACUUCAUCAGGCUGCGAGUUGCAGUCUCUCUGCAGGUAUGACUAGAUGCAACAAGGAGCUAACUGCACACUGGAAAAGCGAAUCUACCUGAAGACACUUAUUGUAAGGGUUUGACCUUGUUGCUUUUUGUUGCACUGAAACGGAAUUGUUUUCUUCGGAUUUCAUGGAACUCUGAAAAAGUAUUUUGUGUACCAGAGUUGUCAGUUUGACAGUACAUUUGAAUUCUGCUGCUGAGCUAAUAGCCUUUUAAUGUUGGAGUACGAUUAAACAGAUGGCCUGUCUCAAUUCUACUGCUUGUUGACAAAAGCAAACCAAAUUUACAAAAUCUGCCAAUGACAGGUUGAUGUUCCUGUUAGUUGUUAAACAUCAGUGUUUUAAAAAUACCAUUUUUUCCCAGAAAAGGAGCAGGUUUUAACCUUUUUACUCACUUUUUAACUUUAAUUUGUUUUGUUAGAAUAAAAACUCUUAAUAAGGAAUGAUAAAAAGUGGUUAACCUUGAAUUUUUUUAAAGGUUGCUGAAAAAACAGAUCAGUUCAAAGAUGAUGAAAUCUUACCAGAUGAGAAGGCAAUUCCAAGUUCUGGUAGUGUUUGACCUAACCGAAGUGCCUGUUGCUUACCUCUGUUGGGUUGGAAUGGCUUUAUACAGCUGGGCGUGCACUAAACGAGUCUUUGUAAAAGCCACGAGAGUGUUCAACCUUGCACCAUUAGCCUUCCCCAUUGAUCUGCCUUUAUUAGAAGUGUGUUGUCACUGUAGAUAGCUCAGGCAAAUUGUUACCUGGGUUACUUUCCACUAAUAAAUUAUCAAACAAAGAGGAGAGGGGAGAGAGACUUCACAUUUCUCAUGAAAUGUUGUUAACGGGUGAAAAAUGUGUUUGAAUAUUUUCACGGUAUGACUAUGCAGUAUAGCAGAAGAUAGUUUUUGAAGUCAAGGGUUAAUGACCACUAAUCUGAAUUUAUAAGUGUAAAUUAUUAGUGGAAAAUGCCCAAGUAUAAUUAGACCUUCACUGUGUACUUAAUUGGAAGAACCUAUUGUUUCUGCAAUAUCGCUUGGUUAAACAUUGCACAGUUCUUACCUCAUUUCUGUAAAUAAGGUUUUGUGACUGUUUUGUAUUGUGGACGAUUCAUAAAACGUGAAUAUUUUGAUUUGUAACAUUUCUAAUUGGUAGAUUGAAUUGAAAAGUAAAGAAUAAUUUAUUUUUAUAUGUUCAUGGGAUUUUUAAGAGUCACAAAUCACUUUUGUAGAUAAUUUACUAAAAUUAAAUCAGUGUGGUUUAAUUUACUUAAACCACUCCUUAAUAUUCUGUAACAAUUUGUACAAAAUGUUGCUGUUUUGCCUAGAUGUAAAAUUGCAAGUUUAUAUAAAGAUAUGUACAAAGCUUUGGUUAAUAAAUUUUAAUAUUGUUUAUGGUUGUACACCUUA